AUGGCAUGAAACCUUGAAAAACAGAGAACAAAAAGAAGGCUGAAACCAAACCCAAUAUCAUGGCUCUCAUGCUCUCUCUCAUACAUACACUCUUUCAUUUCACGCAUUUCUUUCUUCCUUCCCAACAUAAGUUAGCACCAUCACCAUUCUAAGCACAGCACACACUUUCUUCUUUCUCUCUCUGCUAAUUUCUCUGUUCAUCUCGUUUCCAUCAGAAAAGAGGAUCCGUUCUUCAAGACAAGACCCAGAUGAAGAACACGACACGUUAGCCUCUGUAUAUCCUGUGCUCUCUCCCAAUCCCUACGCAAGAACAUACUUACUCCUUUAAUUUUCUUUUUUUCUCUUGGGAAACUGAUGGAGAUGGCGGAAAUCCCGAAGUUGGAUUUGUCAUCAUCUUCUCACGAGGAUUUGAUUUCGGAAGAAAAAAACAGAGGAAGCGCAUUUCGGUAUAGUGCCGAGAAAGGCGAUAGCUUUGUGAUUGAUAUGGAUGCCUUUUCUUCCGCCAACCACAAAGAUCCCACCAAUGCAAAUUCGAAAAUUACGUUGCAGAGGAGUCUUUCCAGGAAGGGAUCCCUGCGUUUGGGUGACAGGAAGGUGAAGAGCAGUGCUACACUUUAUGAAAAGGAUACCGUUCCCACCAUAUGCUCAUCACAAGGUACACUUGUUGGGACUUGCACGCUGGAAAAGACAGCGGGGAUGGCAUUAGGGUCAAUGGAUCAUUCUAUCAACCCACUCGUCUAUCAGCAGAUUACUAUGACAACCAACAACAUCAUUGGUAACCCCACAGAAAACAAAUGUAGUAUAACUCGGAGAAAUAGUUUCAGACGACCUUCUUCAUGGGCCCUUGAUCCUAAAAGGGUUCUCCUUUUCUUUGCCACCUUGUCUAGCAUGGGAACAAUGUUGCUGAUAUACUUCAUUCUCUCCAGCAGUAAGCAAAGUCCAGAUGAAUAUGGUGGUGAUUGGAAGCAGUGACUGAAAGUAUCUCUAAUCAGGGAAACCAUGGAAAGAAAGGAGAAAAGACAAAACUUAGGAGUUAAAAAGAAAAAAAAAAAAAAAAUGUACAAGUAACAAAAGCUAACCUAAUUUAGCCAGCCUGAUGUCAGAGUCAGUUAAAAUCUGCUUCUCGGCGUCAUCUCUUUGGAAUCUUUCAUUUUUUUCUUUUUUAAUGUAAAUGGAAGACAAACGAUCACAUGGAGGACAUGGCUCUUUAUAAUUUGUGUUGCGUGAUCGCAGGGCUUAAUGGAGGAUCAUAGAGUCACAUUUUACUAUA